AUGGCAUCCCCUGCGGUCAACAUUGAUCCAGAUGAUCCGGUACCAUUUGCACAGAAUAAUAAAGUUAUUGUUGAGCAACCCAAAACGGAUCAUGAUAAUUGGUCAAAUACUGUUAAUGUACCAGUACCACUAGAUUCACUAUGUGACCCUGAUGAUCCUGUAAACCCAAUACCAUCUCUUCAGUUAGAACGAAAAGAGCGAAUACUUAAAGGGGCAUUCCAACCAAAAUUAAAAAUGUAUCCCAGGACACAGUUUGGAAAUAGAGCACGAAGUUUCCAAAGUUCCUGGUAUGAUGAUUUUAGCUGGUUAGAAUAUAGUGUGAAACUUGACAGAGCAUUUUGUUUCGUAUGUCGGAUGUUUAAUACAGCUCCAGGGUUAAAUGCCGGACAAGUAGACUUUGCUUUUUCACAAAAAGGUUUUAAAAAUUGGAGUACUUCUACUACAAAAUUUAAAAAACACCAAAAUUCAAUCUCCCAUAAUUUUAGCAUGACAGCGUAUCAUAACUUUUCAAAUUGUAAACCAAUUGAUGUUACCUUGGAUGAAUCUAGAUUAGUAUCUAUUAGUGAAAGAGAAAAGCAGCGUUUGCACAAUCGUAACAUCAUGCAUCGAUUGAUAGAUAUUACUUUGUGUUUAGCUAAAAGUGGCAAACCAUUUAGAGGGCACUUAGAAAAAAGUUCAGAUGUGUGUAAGGGUUUAUUUUUAGAUAUUGUGGACAUUUUAAAAAAAUAUGAUUUAACUUUGCAAAAACUUUGGAAAAAGGGCCGCAAAAUGCUAAGUACUUGA